AAUGACAUCUCAUCGACAUUUCUGUGACCGUUAAUUUGUUUUGGCAUUUUAAUGAUGAAAAAUAAAUAACAAAAAUAAUCGAUUAUUAGUUUUCACUAGAAUUAAUAUGGCAGGACGAUGCCCUGAAGAUAUGAACGAUGAACUAUUUUCAAAACUGAGCAGAGAUUUACAUGACAUAGUGAGUAAUCCGCAAUUGUUGAGAACUUCAACAGAACGAUUUUUCAAUAAUCUAGUAGACGAAUUGACCCUAGGAAUUAUAUUCGACACGCAUCGAAAAGCCAAGACAAGAGCAUUCGAUUUUGAUGAUGAAGGAGAUGGUAUCGAAAUCGAAAGAGGGGAAGAUAUAGAAACCUUUUCUCAAUACAACAUCAAAAAAACUCAGGAUUGUGUUUGUCCAUACUGCGACAGAGCUGUUGCAGCCACAAGGUUUGCCACACAUCUUGAAAGAUGUAUGGUUGAGGGUAAAAACAGGCAAAAGAAUGCCGCAAGAAAGGCUGCCGCUAAACAAGAACAAGAGAACGAUUAUAGGGAUAAUGGAAUGAGUGAGGAUUAUGAUAAUACAGAUGAUGAUGCCGAUUGGAGUCCGGGUGAUAAAAGGCGCAAGAAGAAAAAGGAAAAGAAUGGAAGAAAGCGUGCUAAAGCUACUCCCAAGAAAAACGCAGAAAAUGACUAUAUGGACUCACUCAACCUAGAAGCGGAGGCAGAUGAACAGGAUCUCUCUAAUUUGAGAGAUUUGCUACAAGACCGUUCAAACUGUUCUUCUCCAGCCGAUUCAACUUGCAGCAGCCGUUCUGGUUCCUCCGGAGGUAGGAAAAGGGAAAAGUCCAGAACUAAAAGGAGGAGGGAAAGGGCUUCCCCCUGUUCCAGCAAUUCAAUGUUGGAUUGAAUCUUUUUUUUUUUUCGUAAUUAUAAAGUUAAUGAUAAUGAAUAGUUGAAUGAUUUAUUAGAUUCUAAUUUAUGAUUGAUAUAAGCUUGCAAAUCGUAGCAUAUCAGCUAUAUUUAUUAUUUUAAUAUUGAUUAAUAUUUAUAAUUUUAGAUUUUAUCCAAAAUUGAAUGAAAUUUAGGCUGUGCAAUCAAUGAAACUUAUCUGUUAAUGAAUGUUCCUCUUGGUUCAAAUUUAAAUUGUAUUUUAUUCUAAUUGUGGUAAUGAUUUUAUUCCUAAUUUGUGUCGUUAAUAUUUAAUUUGAAUAAUAGCAAUAUAUUGUGUGAAGAAUAUUUAUUUGUAGGCUCUGGCCGAUUAUUGAAAACAAUAAAUGUUUGCGAUUGUUCA